GCGGCGGCAGUCCCCAACCGGCUUGGCGGAGCGGCGCUCGGACAGCGUUCACCGACUUGCCCGAGCAAGUGCCCGAAGCCAUCUCCAACCAGAAGCGGUGCGUCCAGGUGUUGAAGCAAGAGAUGGGCGGCUUGGGCAUCAGCAUCAAGGGAGGAAAGGAGAACAAGAUGCCCAUCCUCAUUAGCAAGAUCUUCAAAGGGCUGGCGGCUGACCAGACCCAGGCGCUCUACGUGGGCGAUGCCAUCCUGGCCGUCAACGGCACCGACCUGCGGGACGCUACUCACGACGAAGCCGUCCAGGCGCUCAAAAGGGCCGGCAAGGAGGUGACGCUGGAAGUGAAGUACAUGCGAGAAGCUACUCCCUAUGUGAAGAAAGGCUCACCCAUUUCAGAAAUUGGAUGGGAAACACCUCCACCAGAAUCGCCCCGAUUGGGAAAUGCGCCCACGGAUCCCUUGUCGCACCUCUCUCUCUCCAUACACCGAGAUAAGAAGACAAUCCCACUCAAAAUGUGCUAUGUUACACGGAAUAUGGCUGUGUCGGAUCCUGAAAACCGGCUUGUUGAAGUUCAUUCUCCUGAUGCCAAGCAUACUCUGGUUUUGAGGAGCAAAGAUUCUGCUACAGCCCAGGCAUGGUUUCAUGCUAUUCACUCCUGCAUCAGUGACCUCAUUCCAAAGGUCAUCUUGGAGGUCAAAGAUCAACUGGGUAAAGCAGGACUUGCUGGGAGCCGAGAGAUUCGGCAUCUAGGAUGGCUUACAGAAAAGGUACUUGGAGAGAAUGAGAAGCAUUGGAAGCCAAUGAUUGUUGUACUGACAGAGAAGGACCUCUUGAUGUAUGAGAACAUGCCACGGAUCAAGGAAGCUUGGUUUAGUCCUCUUCAUUCCUAUCCUUUGCUUGCUACCAGGUUGGUGCAUUCAGGGCCAGGGAAGGGCUCCCCGCAGUCAGGAAUGGAUUUGUCCUUUGCUACUCGUACAGGCACACGGCAAGGGAUCGAAAGCCACCUCUUCAGGACAGAGACUAGCCGAGACCUCUCACUGUGGACACGAAGCAUCGUUCAAGGUUGCCACAAUGCCGCAGAGCUCUCCACAGAAAUCACAACCGUUUGCACCUACAGAAACCAGGAGUGCCGUUUGACCAUCCAUUAUGAGCAUGGAUUUUCUCUUACAACUGAACCUCAAGAUGGUGCCUUUCCCAAAACUAUUCUACAGUUUCCCUAUGAGAAGCUAAAAAUGUCCUCAGAUGAUGGGAUCCGAAUGCUUUACUUAGACUUUGGAGGAAAGGAAGGUGAAAUUCAACUGGAUCUUCACUCUUGUCCAAAGCCGAUUGUGUUCAUCAUUCACUCAUUCCUUUCAGCCAAGAUUACGAGACUUGGGUUGGUAGCAUAAAUGCCAUCUGUUCAGUUUUGCAAAUACAAAACAGAGCUGCCUGUUCAGUCUAAAUGGCAAGUAACAUUUCGGCGACACCUGGAGCUGCUAAGGACAUACAAUUGUCCUAUGCAGAGCCUUAAGCUCUGAUGGGGCAACACUCUUAGUGGGAUCAGCUAUGAAAAAAGAAGACAGAAGAGAAUACGACUUGUCGGCAAGCUUGAAAGCAGGACCAUGUGUGCUACAACUAACACAUUGUGAGGGAAACACCAUUGACUGCUGUAAAUAAAGGCAAAAAUCAAACAUUGAAGGAGUAAGAGCUUAAUGGCCCAUGGUGGUAUUUCAGAUUCAUAACUGUGCCUAUUUAAGUGUCAUAGAGAAGUGGUUUUCAAUGUAGGUUCUAAGAUAUUCCUUAGACAAUUCAGGGUUCUGUAUUGAGAAAACUGGCAACAGUAGACAAUCUUCCCGAAACAGAAAGCAUGCUAGUUAUAUCCUAUAUUGUACUGUAAUGCACAACUAUAGAGGUCCAUUUUAGGAUACACUAUGUUGAUGUGCAUCAGCAGCUACCCUCAAUAGAUCUGGCCAGCAGUCUGUAUUAACGGAUAGUGUUCUAAAACACAGUCUAGAAUUCUCUGUGGUAUGCAGAGAAAGGGCAGGCAGAUUGAUGCACAGAACAAUCCUUGAGGGUCGAAAGCUGGGGAACCAUUUGCAGUUAAGGGCUAAGCAGAGGGACAAGUAGUUAUCCACAUAGGACUUGCCUAACAAAGCCAUUAGACCCUCUGUAUUAUGGAAGUAUUUUUCAUGCUUUCAUCAAGCCAUUUUUUCCUUUCUAUAAAGUUCCAGGAAAAUGCAGUUUUUCUUACAUUAAUAUGCCACUUGUCCCGACAAUAGAGCUGGACAAUGAUUUGGAGUUCUACCACUUUGGCCCUGUUUUCCAGUGCUUUGUAAACAUCACAUAAAAGUGCAUCAUUACAACGGCUGGGAAGGUUGGUGCUAGAGUUGCUGCAGCAAAUCAUUCAGCUCUAAAUGGAGUGUGCCUUGGUGUGUUUGUUCAUGCAAAAGGGAGCAUCAAAUGCAUUCUUAAAGGGUUCCCAUGGCAUUGCCCUGUACAUUUUGGUGGUAAAAAUGAAGCAAACUGUUAUGAAAAUCGAAUUGCGCCCAUGUUAAUAGCUCUAACUUGUUGCCCGGGGGUGGGGGAGUAUAGCUGAGAUUCAUGAUCCAUGUUAGAGUACCGGAGUAACCAUAUUACUCUGUUAACAGUAAAAACAGCAAAGAGAACUUACAGCACCUUAACAACUAGCAAGUGUCAUUUGGCACAAGCUUUUGUUGACUGCAGAUUGUUACACUAGAUGCAUUUCAAAACAUUAUAUUGGAAAUGCAAUCAAGGCAGCAAAAAAAAAAAUUGGAAAAACUCUUUGGGAAAUUUUAAAAGGGGGAGAGAGAGAUUUUAAAUUAAUUUUUAGCUGGGGCAACCAGCGUAUGGCUACCUGCACCUCUAAUAAGUUCAACAGUUAUCUCUUCUGUAAGCAAUGGGGUCCAUGCCUUACGUUGUUUGCAGCAUCAUCCCAGAGAUUCCAAAUACUUGGACAACUGUCCUGUCGAAUUUAAUGCAUUUGUAACUACAAACAUGCAGGCAGCCGUGGCAAUGCAGAAACGUCUAAUCACCUGACUGCAACCAACUAGGAUGCUUACCUGCUCACGUGUCUGGUUGCACGAUCAACUUCAGGUCCAUAGCCCGCAGUUUAAUUUAAAGGAAAUACAGGGGGUUCCAGUGUGAAUCAGGGCCCAGUGAGAAGGAGAUGUCCAUCUAACCCUCCUCACCACCAACUGUAGUCUUAAUCCACUUCAGGGGCCUCUCAGUUGCAUGUAUUGCCAAGUAGUGAUCCAUUAUUUGGCACUGUAAAAUGCAGGAAUAGGGUCCUCAAUUGAGAUGGGGACUGCAGUAGGGGAAAUGGUUAAAGACACACACAUACACACCCCCUGCAGGUUAACAUUAGGCUCCCUGCAUUUACUCUAAAGUAAGAAGUUCACUUUGAAGCACCACAGUGUCCUUUGGCUCUGAGAUGCCAACAGAUGGAGGAAUUGUCUUAUGUCCUCUGUAGCCCUCGUGGGCUGCAAACACCAUUGAAGGUAAAAGUGGAAGCGCUUGCCAUAUAAGAGAAAAACAGACAGCAGAGAGGGGGCUGCUGAAGCAAGAGAGAAGGGAAAGAAACAGCAGCAGAAGGAAAGGAGGAGCCCAGCUAAGUAUCAAAGAUGGAAGAAUAGCUGUGAUCACUUACGAGAGAUCAGGCAAAGGUACCCCUUCUGUCACUAUCUAAAAACAAAUGGAAAAAAAGAAGAAACAAACACAAGCCAGAUGCAGAGACAGAGAAGAGCUAUGGGGGGGGCGGUAUAGAGUAGGGGCAGGUAUGGCAACGGCACUCAAGCUUAUUUAUGUACCCUCUCCCCUUUUUCUAGAGAAAAAGACACCUUGUCUUUUAAGGAGACCGCUGUCCCGUUUUUUUGCACUAGCAUUUUUUGUGGUCUGUGCAGCCUCCAAGGGCAAAAGAAUGGCUCCUAAGCAUAUGAAAGUUACUCACAACUAGCUGAGAAGUUGGUGCCCCUUUUAGUACUCACGGUCACAUUGCAGGGGUUAGGUUCAGGUAAUGUGACCUUCCUGAUGUCGUCUCAACCUAUGUUUUUGAGGUCUUAGGAAAGAGGAGGGAUUAAGACCCCCAAAGCUUUCCUCCUUUUUAAGGGUGUUAGACCAGAGCAGAGGAUUAACUGCCAUCAUUCUUUAAAAAAAAGAUUUUGAGCAUCUUCUGUUUCUCUUGAAGGUUGUGACCUCUUGGUUCACAGGACCUAACUCUGAAACUUUGAUACAUACCAGUGACCAGUCCUUGCGGGAGUUAAGACACAGAAAAUAUCUACUUAACGUUUGCCUCUCCUAACCCCAAGAGAAAUAGGCAAGUUUGCACCACCCUCCCUUGAUUAUCUCUAUAUCCUUGCUCUCAAGUUAGCAUUGGACAGAAGAGGGGCAUAAGAACUAAAGUAGGAACUUAAAUUGUAUUGCUUUCCUGUUGUAUGCAAACAGUCAUGUUUGAGCCGUGAUUUCCAAAUGCAUCAACACUAAAAAUCUUAUUUUGUACACAGAAAGCCAGGAAAUAGUUUGGAGGCUUCUUACAAAUCAUCCUUUUAAAGAAAAAUUUGGAACAGUUAUACUAAAUUUUUGAUAUCGAUGCCUUUUGAUUUGCAGACCAAAAAGGAAACUCAGUUGGUUUCAUUUUAAUAGUGUCCCAUGGAAGUGAGGCAGACAGUAAAUAAAGUCUAUCUGAUCUUUAGGGUUAUAUUCAUAUAUAUGCUAAGUUGGGGAAAUAAUCUUUUAUAUAUAAGACGACAGGAAGAUGAAUCCAUGUUACUGAAAUAUUUAUUACAGAAUGUUCCUUUGGGGGCAUAGCCAAAAAUAAAAAAAGUAUGAAAGUAUUCUGCGUUCUCAGCAAUAAUUAAAAGGCCACGGCUUACUAGUAACAUGGAAGUUACUUAACUCUGUCUCUCGUUCUGACCUGAUUUAUCCCUAUACAGGGUGGACUCCCAAUCUGUGUUUGAAGCAGACCCUGAUUAUGCGAAAACAUGGUUAAGAUUACUAACGUCUAUGAUACUCACAUAAUUCUUAACUAUCACUAGAGCAGGGCAGGGAAGAACUGGAGAGAACAAGCAAAGACAAUUGGCCUUUUCACCAUAGUUAAGAAACUGGGAACAUUAAAUGUCUACCAGUUCUAGCUGCUGUAGGUUUAUGUGAAAGUAUCUUCCAAAAAGGGUGAUGUUUUGGGCAACUGUAAUAAUAUUCAUAAAAACCAAUUUACAGUGUUGUUCUUUUUCUAGGGCCCUGUAUACCACUUCAUUGUGCACAUGGAGUUUAAUCGUGUACAAGUUUCCACUUUUCACUUCAAUGGAAAUAGAAGGGCCAAGCUAAAGAUAGAUUUCUUUCCUACGGUAAAGUGAAGAGGUAGAUCUUUGCAGGCAGGGGCUUCCAAUUAAGUGCAUUAGAACGUCUGUGCCUGUCAGUUAAAGGAUGAUAGCGGGUAUGCAAUGCUUGACUUAAAGUACCUUUUAAUAAAAACAGUUAUUAAGGAACUUGCACAUUGAAAACCACAAGGAAUACCAAACUUCAUUCUUUUUAACCUAGUAGGAAACAGAAGUUCCUCCUUCAGGGCAUUGACAGUCACAAAAGGAGGGUAUUUGCAAAUUUGAAAGACAGAAUACUAAAAAAAAAAACAGAAUAUUGUGUAUUGUAGGGUAAGUCAAUGUGUAUGGAAAUUUUACUGCACUACUUCUUUAAACACUUAAAAAAUCACUGGAAUAUUAUAGGUAUAUCUGCAUUGUGAAUAAUCAGAAUUCAUCUAUUAGUUAUCAACUAUUGAAUGAAGCAGUUAUGUCAUGUAAUUUACGGUGCUCAGAUUACAAUAUGAAGAAGCAAAUAAUUAGUUUGCAAAGAUAAAAAUUGUUAUAUAUUUAUAGACAAAUUAAAUACAGAUUUUUGGACCGA